UGUUGGUACGCAUGCGCACGAAAAAAACGUCGAGAAUACUCGAGCUUGAUCGAACGAAGGGUCGGAAUGGUGGGGUCUUUCUCACGGUUGCUCACGGUUUGGGAACACUGACCGCGCGACUCUGCAACUUUGCGUCAGCUCGCGCGCGACACGACGGUACCAGUGUGAUGUGAUAUUGCUGUGCGCCAUCGCGUCGCAUUGUACGUAUGUUUGGCGCGCAGCGUGAAAUUUAUGUACGACGCAGCAGACUAAGCCACUGUUCACAUCAAACCUGUGUGCCGGGACCAAUAAAAAGAAAGAAGUAGACUGGGUCGACAGGUGAUCGUCUGUAAUCAUCUGCAUCUGCAGACUGCAACGUGCACGUGGUGACGACGAGCCCGAGGUCAGCCGUGUCGACGGAACAUGGCAGCUAAAAUGCAGCCCCCAUUCGAGCCACCGAGCUCGGCGAGUUCUGAGAGAUAUUUUGCUAGCGACGACGGCGACGCGUGUUUGGACGAUCGCGAGAUAUUCCUCGCCGAUGAGUUAUGCGAGGAUGUUGAGCAUUACAGGCAUUCUGACGUAGGCACGCCACAAUCCCCGAGACCACCGUCCACAGGUUCACAAAAGUCACCACGAUCACGAAGGCAGCGCACUACUAGCAUGUCACAAUCAAGUAAGAAGACAUCUGCAGAAUCCAUUCUCAGGAGCAAAACGCGAACUAUUUAUACAGCUGGUAGGCCUCCUUGGUACAAUUCAGCUGGUCAACAAGUAGAACCUUUUGUAAUUGGUAUUUGUGGAGGCAGCGCUUCUGGAAAAACGACAGUGGCAACUAAAAUCAUAGAAUCUCUAGAUGUACCAUGGGUGACCCUUCUUAGUAUGGAUUCUUUUUAUAAAGUAUUAAAUGAGAAGCAGCACGAAAUGGCUGCACACAACGAGUACAAUUUUGAUCAUCCUGACGCAUUCGAUUUUGAACUUCUCAAGACUACGUUGCAGCGUUUAAAGGAAGGACGCAUGGUAGAAGUUCCUAUUUAUAAUUUUGUAACACAUCGUAGAGAAAGUAGAACGAAAACCAUGUAUGGUGCUAACGUCAUUAUCUUCGAGGGAAUACUUACUUUUUACAAUGUCGACGUCUUGAAGCUGUGCGAUAUGAAAGUUUUCGUCGAUACUGAUGCGGACGUCAGACUGGCCAGACGUUUACGAAGGGAUAUUUCGCAAAGAGGCAGAGAUCUGGAGGGUGUAUUAAAGCAGUAUAGUAAACAUGUGCAGCCGGCUUUUUAUUAUUACAUAGCACCUCUUAUGGUCCAUGCUGAUAUUAUUGUGCCGCGCGGAGGAGAAAACGAAGUGGCAAUAGAGCUAAUUGUACAGCAUGUUCAUACUCAACUUCAAUUGAGAGGUUUUAAAUUGAGGGAAAAACUGGCGCACUCAUACAUCGGUCAACCAUUGCCUUCAUCUUUGUACUUACUUCCAGACACGCCGCAGAUAAAAGGUCUUCAUACGUUUAUACGAAACAAGGAGACCUAUAGAGAUGAAUUUAUUUUUUACUCUAAACGCUUGAUUCGUCUAGUCAUCGAAUAUGCAUUGUCUUUGUUGCCUUUUGAGGAUGUAACUGUCGAAACACCGCAAGGAGUAUUAUAUAGCGGCAAACGAGGUGCGACGGACAAAAUAUGCGGUGUAUCGAUAUUACGCGCCGGUGAGACUAUGGAGCAGGCUGUUCGAGAUGUGUGCAAGGACAUACGUAUAGGAAAAAUUCUCAUCCAAACUAAUCAACAAACUGGCGAGCCUGAAUUGUAUUAUCUCCGAUUACCAAAGGACAUCAAAGAUUAUAGAGUAAUAUUGAUGGAUGCCACUGUUGCGACUGGUGCUGCUGCUAUUAUGGCGAUCAGGGUACUUCUGGAUCAUGACGUUGCUGAGGAAAAUGUACUGUUGGCGUCAUUGUUGAUGGCCGAAUCUGGCGUACAUUCGAUUGCCUAUGCCUUUCCGCGAGUGAAGAUUGUCACUUCCGCGUUGGAUCCCGAGAUAAAUGAGAAGUUUUAUGUACUGCCCGGUAUCGGUAAUUUUGGCGAUAGAUAUUUUGGCACUGAACCGUCUGAUGAUUAAGGAAGGAAGAUGUUAGUGAGGAAGGACGAGACAGCUGAUAACAAAAACCGUGUCGAUCUUCUAAAAGUCAAGUGUUAUUAUUGGUGAGAACGAUCUUUAAGGAAUUGGCAGAUAAAGAGGUAAGAGAUACGUGAAAUAAAAAUAUCAAAUGUAAUAGUGUUUUAAGAAAUAAACAUUUAUUUCCUUUUUAACAAAUCAACAGCGUAGAGACUAGCAUCUAAAGACUAGUCCGUUGUUUUUUAUCCGGUCUAAGUAACUAAAGGCCGCGAGGAAUAUUCCAUGCGAGGGGAACUUCCAAAUCUGUGCGAAAUCAUUUUUUAUUUAUCGUCACAAAAAACUUUCCGUAUGUUUUUCUCUGUUUUUUUUUUUACAAAGCGAACUUAUACCCUGUCACCCUUACGUGAUACAAAAGUGGUUCGGUAUCAGAGAUCGCGUACGCUAAAUUAAGUACUAAUCCAUAUUACAAUAAUGCAUUUAUAAGGAAGUAUAAAAAUCACAGGGUCCCAAAGAGCCAUGAGGUAAUUGUUAAAAAUCAAAAGUCUAUUGAGUCUAAGUUAAUUAUGGCAAGAAUAAAAUCGGUAUUAGAUAAUUGUUAUGAGUGAUGCGAAAAUAAAUACAAGAAAUUCCUGUUAGCUGAAUUUUUGGUACAAUUCAACUUUUCUCUUUUUUUCUUCAAUGUAGAGAAAAAGAGGAAAGAUAAACAAGAUGUGCAAGAUAUUCAGCUAAAAAGAAUGAGUCUAAGGCCCGGUUGCACCAACGUUAUUUUGAUUUUAACCGAAACUUUAAAUUCUCUCUAUCUCGUUUUAAAACCGAAAAGAAACAGAAACCAAAAGAGUUUUAAAUCUCACUUAAAAUUAAAGUAAUGUUGGUGCAACCGGGCCUAAGGAAGAUAACAAUUUCUGUAAUAUACCUACAAUAGAAAUGUUUGGGACGGUUGAUGACAAGGUUCUAUUGUUUCAGGCGAUCCCACUUCUUAACUUCAUUCUCUAUUCUCGAUUCGUAUUUUGAUAAUCAAAAUAAGUCUCUAAUUAUUAAAAGACUCUGUUGACCAAGUUCCCCUCGAAACUAGCAAGAACUCGACGCUUCUGAUUUCCGCCCGCGCCGAGCGAUGGCUAUAAUUGCAUUAUUAAUUAUUAGUAGUAGAACUAGUAUAAUCACAUACUAGCGAUAGUAACAAG